AGAGUGUUACAGACCUGAAGAACAAAUAGACGCCCUGAACAUAAAAAAUAGACCGAAUUUUUGAGAAUUUUAUUUUGGCUUUGCAAGAUGUUUCUUCCUGUAGUGUUGUGCGUUUGUGGUCUCUUGACGCAAGGUGAGGCGCAGGACAGAGCUGCUAUGUGGAGAGGGAAUGACCGAAAUGGAAGAUGCCAAUACACCUUCACCGUCCCAAGUCCAUCAGAGACCACCUGUCCACAGAACGGAGGUCCAGAGGUGGAGGGAUUGAAGGCAAGACUCAGCCUGUUGGAAGUCCUGGUAGCCCGGCUGAGUGGGGGCGAGAUAGGCACCCAAUCCAAACCCCAAAAUGACCUUCAAGAGUCUCUCAACAGGGCCAUAGGUGAGAGGAACCUACUCCAAGCUGAAAAAGAGCGCUUGGAGAGAGAGCUAGAGGGACUUCAGCGCAGAGUGGAGGAGAUGAGACGUGAGACAGAGAGGCUGAGGAACAAACCAUGUCCUGCCCAGACCCCUGUGGUGCCACCCAGCCCCCCGCUCCAGGAUAGGAGACCCACAGGAGGGUUUGGGCCCAUGUCUCAUCUGAUGACCAGGCCCAACAGACAGGGAGACAGCAGCAGUUUGAGAGAUUCUACAUGGCAAUAUGGACAUCCCGGUUUUCAAGAGCUUAAGGCUGAAGUGACCGAGGUCCCAGCUCCGGGUGGCACUGAUGACGGCACUGGUUGUGGUGACCUUGUGUCAGUGGCUGAGCCUGUCACUCACAGAAGGGCAGACAACAUCGCAGGUAAGUAUGGAGUGUGGAUGCAGGACCCAGAGGCAGUGUCUCCCUAUGGCCCCAACAUGGUGUGGAGGAUUGACACAGUGGGCUCUGAGAUCAGACAGCUCUUUGGAUACGACGACAUGGAGCAGCUCUCUAAAGGAUUCCCCUCAAAAGUGCUGCUGCUGCCUGACCCAGUAGAGGGGACAGGUGCCACCAUGUACCGCGGCUCGCUUUAUUACCAGAGGCGCAGGAGCAGGACCUUGAUCCGCUACGAGCUGUCAUCUGAGAGCAUCGCGGCCCGUCGUGAGCUGUCCCACGCAGGCUUCCACGGCCAGUUCCCCUACUCCUGGGGCGGCUACACGGACAUCGAUUUGGCUGUGGACGAACAGGGUCUGUGGGCCAUCUACUCCACCACCAAGGCCAAGGGGGCUAUCGUGAUUGCUCAGCUCGAUCCCAACAGUCUGGAGGUGAAGAAAACCUGGGAGACAAACAUCAGGAAGAACUCCGUGGCUAAUGCGUUCAUGAUCUGUGGUAAAUUGUACACGGUUGCCAGCUACACGUCACCAGACACUACCAUCAAUUACGUGUACGACACCGCCACCAGCCAGGGCAGAGCGCUGGCUGUCCCGUUCAAGAAUAAGUAUCGCUACAACAGCAUGAUCGACUAUAACCCGGUCCACAAGAAACUUUUGGCUUGGGACAAUUUCCACAUAGUGUCCUACGACCUGAGGCUGGGACGCGCGCAGGCCCAGUGAGGUGCGUAAUGAAAAGGGACUGAUGGAGGAGUGUCGGGGUUUUACUCAUUUACUCCAGCUUCAAAGACUCUUAUAUAAUAGUGGGUAGACACAUUGGCUGUGUCCCCUAUGUUUUUGUGUGGCAAGGCCCAUACAAGUGUUUGUAGAGGAUUAUUUUUAUACUGGCUUUUUUGGUUCCUUUGAUAAGCGACAUGCUCGAAUAUUUAAUUUAAUGUUUUUGCCAUUAUGAUAAAAUAUAUUUCUGCUACAAUGUAAACUAUAUCACACUACGUGCUUUUGAUGAACAUGUUAAAACUAUAUUGAUACUGCAUGUUCAUUGUAGUCCUUGUUAAUGUAAAAUCUUUGAUACUGAUGUCUGUCAAUCAAAAUGUAUUUUAAACAAGGCUGUUUUAUUUGUAGUGUUUAGAGCCACCUAGUGUUCACUUGUAGCAUUGCUGUAUGAUUUCAAAUAAAGACAAAACUGUUUCCAUCG